CUCUUUCGCAUUUUUGGAUAAUUUAUGCCAUUCGAAUCAGUUGAUUCGGUUUGGUACGGUUGAUCGUUCGAUCUUCCCGCCAUGGUUCCAGAGAUUGCCGAUUUUUGGGGGAGACUCCCGCUUGAGUUAAUCGAACGAAUCCUGGAUCUUCUGGUUGACGAAUUCGAUCCGGACCCCGCGUACCAAUGGACCACCUUGCGACAUACUGCGCGGCGACAAAAGCGGCGGAUAGAACGAUUCUUCUGGAAUUAUUGGUUGCCGAAGCUGACUAUCACGCUAUAUUCGGGUCCGCGAUGCCAGAUAGAUUAUAGGCUAUCUAGCCAUGUAGACGAAGAGAAUCCAGAGAAUAAUCAGGUUCGAUUUCGAACAUUAGGGCCCGGCCUAUCAAAUUCGCUAAAUAAAGAGGAUAUCCGGUCCUUGUGGGACCAAUACAGCUUUGAGAAUCGGGUGGCGCAUCUGAGAUUGGGCGAAGGGGUUUUGAACCAUGGUAUGACUGGAGGCUUCAUUGUCAACGAUACGGAUAUCGUCGAUCUGCAAGUGGAGGACGACGGCUUCAGUAUUGCAUUCGAUUGGAGACGGACCUUCGACGCACUUCUCCGUGAGGAGAUCAUGAUGCGUCAACUUCAAUCAAAGAUGGCUACGGAUAGAAAAAUAGUAUUGGCAUCUGAGCGCCGAUGGCCACCAUUCCCAAGGAUCCAGAGACUGGCUCUUGUAAAGCAGUUCGUGCUUGACAUACAGAUGGCGAAACGAGUUGCAGUGCAAAAACACCGCCUAAAGCGCCACGAUCCAUCAGGCCGGACCCAAAUAGGGAGUAUAACUCAUGAGUCUCGACAUUUGCAUAAGCAACCUAUGCCUCCACUAUCGCCGCCGACGGAACCAAGAAGAGCAUGCUGCGCGAUAUGUUCCCGCCGCACAGGGCCUUCCAUAUUCGAGAUUGUCGCCUGCGAAGAAAGCGUGGUGCUGAGCUUAGAGGAUUGGCAGCAGUUGAGCAAGGAGGAAUUGCUCGACUUAUAUGCUGAAGCGUACGGUUGGAACUGUUACAGAUGCCUAGGACAGAAGGACAACCUCGAGUGGCAGCAAACGAGCAAGAAUGACUGGCUUACUGUCUGUAGCAGUACUAACGAGAAACUGCAUACUGUACGGAGAUGGAAUCCCUGGUUCUAGUUAUGAUUGCGGAGGUGCUUAUGGCGCUCAUCUUCUUUCACCUAGGCUGAUAAAUUGUUUUUUAGACUGGAUUAGCAUGCAUCUGAUGUUGUAUAUGGCGAAACGGUUCUAUUGUAUAGCGGCAUUGAAUAGCAUGGGGUGUAUAUGGCGGGGAGUUUCUUGGUACUGUAUUAUUUAUGAUUCAUAUGAAUGUUUAGAAGGUCGGUUCAAAACCGUUCAAUACCCUCACGACUCGCACAGCAAUAGCAGAAGCCCAC